ACUCACAGCUGUACAACAAGCAACUCGAGAGUGCAAAGCGAGACGAUGUAACUUAGAUGGGACAAGCGAAGGAUGAAGACUUUGGUGGAGCGGAUCGCUGGCCAAGAAGGGAUAUUACUUAUCUUGUGUGUGUGCAGCGAUUUCCUGCCCACCACUCUGUUGUCCAGCUUCCUCGACUCCCACGAUGCACUAUGGAAAGCUGCUGUGGACAACCUGUCUCACGCCGGGAUUGCGGCGUCAUCUUGGGCUGUGGUGAUCUCGCUGAGCCCGCCAUCCUCAGGAGCAGCCAAUUUUCCGGAGCUUGCUCUGCCGGGAAGCCCGUUGCACCGAUGCUUCUCGUGCGCCCGUCUUCUCGCCACCGGCGGGCGCCGCCGCAACCAUGCAAGCAACGCAUCGCACAGACCGCCUCCAUCGCCGCCACCGCUCCCGCCACCACGCCCAGACACGAUGGACAGCAGCCCGAAAGAUCUCACCAGUAGAAGCAGAUAUUUCGACGUCGAAAGCGCCGAGCCGUCGUCGCCGCCGCCGACGAUAUCUGACCAACCGGCACUACCGAUGGCAGCAAGAGGGGAAAGAGGGGCAGGGGGGGGGUGCACGGCGAGGAUACCGUCAGCAGCAGUGGCGUUGGAAGCUUUGUUUGCGGCUUGCGUCGGUAGCGCGCUAGACUUGGAUCAUUUCUUGGCCGCGGGCUCCGUGCGGUUGUCGAGGGCUACGGCUUUGGCGGGGCGCCCAUGGGGUCAUUGUGUGGCGGCGCUGAUCGUGGCGGCUUUCGCGGUGGCGGCCUUGACCCGCAACGCCCGAGCCGCAGUCUGUGUUUUCUCGGCCGGGGCUACGCACCAGCUCAGGGACUCCACGCGCCGCGGUCUGUGGCUCUACCCGCCCCGGGGGGCGAAAACGCCUCCGGUGAGCUACCCGAUCUAUCUGCUGGCGCAGGCGCUGCUGCCGCUCGUGAUGGCGAUGUGCCUGCGGUCGGGCCACGGUUCCAGAUGUGGGUACUCCUGUGUGCAACGGAACACGCGGCAUCGACGAGGGCUGCCAUGUACUCGUCGUAGACGCCGCGGCGAUGUUGCCUGUGUUCGCGCUAGGAGGGCCGAGAACGAGGAUGGAGACGUGGGCACCAGAGCUUCUUUUUCACUCUAGGAGCGCUGUUUGGUUAUGGCGGUGGUGUUUGGAUGGUGACCCCUCUUAUAUCUCCGGCCUGUCACUCACGUGGUUGGAGAUUGCUUUUUGGGUGCCGAACACCUAGCAGUAGGGUAAGGGUACGGCGCCGCCACGGAAGGCAUGUAUGUGUGUGUGUGUGUGUUCUUGAAAUGACGUGGCAUUGGCCGCGCUAGCCGGCUGACGAAUGAACGUCGUGAGUCUUGUGGCGAACGCGCUUUCAAGCCAUCAUGAUCCCCCGACGGGAGGGGGGGGCGGGGGAUGGUUCGGCGGCAAGGUCCUGUCUCCGGAUUCAAAGUGAAUGCGUUCGCCUCGCGGAGAACGUAGAUUCAGAUAUCGUGCUGCAUUACAUAGCGUGUGGCCGAAACUGGCGGAGAGAACACGCGAAAACAGACAGAUGUCGCGCGAAAGAGGGCAACAAACUGGAAAAGAGAACAGGGGAGGGAGCUCUGGGACUCCAAAAAAGACAUCAACGACGUCAGGAGUUUUCGAUCUACUCAGGUACCCAUCCUUGUUGGGGCACAUCUCACAAGUU